AUGGCAUCAGCAGAAAUGGUGAGGCAAACUCUCAUCAUAGAGAUUUCACGUAAGAGAGUAAAGAGGCUCUAUCUUGGUAACACUAGUGACACUAAUCAUAGUGUUAUUCUUCCUGAUGAUGUGCUUGAUAAGAUUCUUGCAUUCUUGCCUAUCAAAAAGGCUAUGCAGAUUGGAAUCUUAUCUUCAAGAUUCAAUCAUUCUUGGAUCUUCAGUCGUAGAUUACACUUUGAUAAUGAUUUUGCCAGAGGUCGCAGUCCAGAAAAUUUUAAAUCCAUGGUUAAUAAAGUCUUUGACCAGCAUGCAGGUUCAAGUAUUUUAAGUUUUCGAUUAUCUUUUGAUGCAAAUGGUGAGGGGUUCUUGGUUGAAAAGUGGAUAAAAAAAGCUAUUGAAGAGCUCGAAUUGUUUUUUUAUGUAAUUGGAAUUAAUUUUGAAGGGGGAGGGCCUGUUAAACUCAUUUCUGAUGUUUACGACAUUGAGUCCAUCAAAAUCUUAAAGCUUAGUUUUUGUCAACUUGAUCUUCCACUAAAGUUUAAAGGUCUGCAUUUUUUGAGUACUCUUGUUCUUAGAAAGAUCACUGUAACCCCAACAUUGAUAGAUAAUCUAUUUCUCAAUUGCCUGUUACUUGAGACUUUAGAUAUAGCACAAUGUUAUAGAAUUUUUCAUUUGAAAAUCUCCACCCAGAAUUUAAAGAAGUUUAAGGAGUUAAAGGUUGGAUAUUGCCCGGGGGUUCUGAUGAUUGACAUUGAUGCACCAACUCUACAUGCAAUCCAUUAUUGUGGGCAUGUUUGUUUUAUCAAAUUCACCAAUAUCCCUGAAGUGAAAGAUGUGAUGCUCAAUUUUGGACCUUCAAAAGGCUUUACAGGGACAUUUCAAGUGAGAAAUCUUGUGUACGAUCUCUAUAAUAUUCGUGUUCUCACCACUACCAGUACAUUUCUUGAGGGUUUAACUCCAAAGUUUAUGGGUGGAACAUUGACAGAAAUGCAAUUCUCUUUUUGGAAUUUGAUAGAAUUUCAUUUGAUCAUGGAAGGUGCAAUGUAUUGCAAUCCUUAUGAUUUUGUUUCUUUCCCCAAGAAUUGCCAGUAUCUAGAGAAGAUUUUCAUUGAUCUCAAUGAUUUUAACUUCGUAGGUGGACCGUACUGGGAAUUGCGUAAUCGACAAGCUUUUGAGCAAUCCCAUAAAGACGAACUUCUGUUGUUGAAGUUUCUCCUGGGGAGCGCACCUGGUCUGGAGAAACUAGUGCUUAUCACUCCCAAUAAGUCCAGACGUGUCAAAGUUGUUACCCUAAAUUUACAAGGCUUCUAUCAAGAUAUCCAAUCUUGGAAGGCAUCUCCAAGAGUCGAGAUAGCUGUGUUUGAGCAUUCGAAUGACAGGAGUUCUGUUUCUCCUAUGCAUUCAAAGACAUGGUACUAG